UGCAGGUCCUUUCCAACCUUGUGAUUCUAUGAUUCUAUGAUUCUAUGACUUUAGAGCAGCGCAGCCAGGGCUCAGAACGCCUAAAAACCAGUGACCCGCUGCCUUUGGGAAUUCUUCCCCAAGGAGAAGGAAUGAGGGGUACAAAAGCAGCCCUACGUCACCCCAGCACACAGCAACCGAGCAGAGCACCGCCCCUCCCCUCAGGCCGGGGCUCCGGCCGCACCUCGGACAGGAGCCGCCUUUCACCGACAGCGGCCCGAAUCCCGCCCGCAACACCAACUGCCUGCCCACCGCCCGCUGAGCGACGGCCCCACCCCCUACCGCCGAGGGCAUUCUGUGAGAUGUAGUCCUGUGCCCUGCGGGGCGCAACUACGAGUCCCAGAGCGAGCCGCGGUAAAGAGAGCAGAGGAGGCGGAGCCGGCGCCAUUUUGAGAGUGAGGGAUUGCCCUCCGCUCCCCUCCCCCACCGCCGGCUGGGGGUGCGUCGCUCGCCGGGGCGGCUGAAGACGAACUGGCGGGCACCCGUGUCUUGAGAUGCUUCAUGCUGAAAGUAGAGUAAGGCAGUUGGAGUGUCAGGAUGAAAUCACAACAGAACCGCGUUCUAAAAAGAUGAAGUCAACGGAAGAGGCUUUUGAGAACCUCUCUGAUUGUGGCAACCAAGGCACUCAAGAAGAAGGGGACCCUGACAGAACAUCUAAUGAUUUGAUACCAGUGUGUGUUUCAGAUAAUGAAGGGGAUAAUGAAGUGCAGAAGCAAGAGAAAAUACCUGUGGAUGUCUUGGGAGCAGCGAGUGAAGGGCUUCCAGAGGGUAAUCUAGAGUUUCAUCAAACAGUUGAUUCUGUGAUUGUGCAGAAUAUAAAUCCUCCAUUUGUAUCAGUAAAUGACACUGGGGAUGAAGGAAAGGAAGAUCCUCUUACUGUGAAUGAUGUCAAUGAAGAUAAUACUAAAAAUAGUUGCAAAGCAUUCUCAAUAAAUAGAAAUGAGUCAGAUGAAGAGUUUAUUACAAGCAAAGAAUUUAUUGGACCGAUUUACAAGCCUGCUGAGUGUAAUACGCAGGACCAGUCUGGGAGCUGUGAUGAAUAUCAAAGCAGCGUGGGAGAUGGCUUGCAUGGAAACAGAACUGAAGGAACUGAGACAGAGAAGGUGCCAGCCAUUUCUUCUGCUGUAUCAGGAAUGGAUGAUGAACUGGACCAGUUCUACAAAGAAAUCCACCAGCUGGAAAGUGAAAAUUUAAAUCUGCUUCAGGAAAAAGAAACUGAAACUUCUCAGGAACAAUUUUCUGUGUAUAAUUGCAGUCAAACAUCACAAGAGAAUUAUCAACAUGUAUUGUUGGACAGCCCACAACCAUUAUUGUCCAUUUAUGAGAAUGGACAAUAUUUCUCUGGGGAACAGGGAAGUCAGAAAAUAAGCAGUGAGCAGCAUUUUGUCAUGGAAACAAGUGGCUGGAAAACUGAAAAUGCCUUUAAUGGACAAAUGGAGUCUAAUUAUUCAGUGCCUGAAUUCAGACCUGCCUGGCAGUCAAGGGAGUCUUUCAUAGUACCUCAGGGGCCUCCUCCUCCUAGGCUGACCCAUCAGGCACAUUUUCAGAUACUUAAUUCCACACAGCAAAAAACAAAUGCUGUUCCUUCUCAGAAUGAUGAACUUUCUUAUGAAAAUUACUAUGGUUACCAUGAAGGUCGGGAUAUCAACUGUCAUGGUCCAGUGCAUGAUCAGAGUAGCUACAGUGUUGGUCAUACUGAUUUCCAUAGUGCUCAGGUCUUCAGAAAUGGAAAUAAUCACCAGAGUGGACUCCGAAGUAGUGGUUUCUGUGAAACCAGAAAAGAGUAUUGGGAAGAACCAAAAAGUUAUAGUGCAGAACAAAUGCAUAGAUUUUCUUUGCCACCUGAGGAGAGGUUUGAUUGUUCACGGAAAGUGCUCCUUAUCUUAAGAGGCCUACCUGGGUCAGGGAAAUCAACGCUGUCUCGUUUUCUGCUCGACCAUAGCCGUGAUGGCAUUGUACUCAGCACCGAUGAUUACUUUCGUCAACAAGAUGGAUAUACAUAUAAUGCUGCUCAGCUGGGUGAUGCCCAUGACUGGAACCAGAAGAGAGCCAAACAGGCAAUGGAGCAGGGAAAAUCUCCAGUUAUAAUAGACAACACUAAUACUCAAGCCUGGGAGAUGAAACCAUAUGUGGAAGUGGCUCUAGAAAAGGGAUACAGAGUGGAGUUCCGUGAGCCAGAUACUUGGUGGAAAUUUGAUCCUGAAGAACUGGAAAAGAGGAAUAAACAUGGGGUCACUCGUGAGAAGAUUGCUCAGAUGUUGGAACGAUACGAAUAUCAAAUAUCCAUACCUAUUGUCAUGAAUUCAGAGUUACCUCCUCACAAACACACACAGAGGCCACCUCUGCAGCGAAGACAUAGGGAGAGAAUUGUAAAGAAAAACCACGGGCAUCCCUUGGCAAAAGUAAAGCAGAGGAAAAAGCGAAAAAGAAACAAAAAAAUGAAGAUGACAGAAAUCACAAAGCAGAAUUUAGGUGGAGCGGCUCAUCUCAUUCCAGACAACCAGGAAACAUCCGAAAGUGAGGGGGAUGACUCAGAAGAGGAAAACAGAAAGUCCCUGUGUGCAUCUGGGGAAGGUCCUGAGGAUCCAAUGGGAGGUUGUGAGGAGCGGCCGAAUGGUGAUAAGGAAAGUGGGACAGAAGCUGUGAGCUCUCCUGUCACAGAGAUCUCAGCUGUAUCCAAUGGGGUGCUGAUGCAUGAAGUGCCUGUAGAGAGUGACAGCUCACCUCUAACAGAUAAGAAACCCCUUUGUACUGGAAGCACAACCAAAAACAUGUUUGAUGAUGAGGAAGUGAAUCAAAGGCAUAGAGAGAAUCUUUGCAAGAGCAGUACCCUGAACGUAAAGAAUGAUGCAAGCUGUAUCCAAGAAGUGGAAUGCAACUGUGAAGGUAACAGUCUGCUGUCCAGCACAGAAAGCAAACUUAAAAGUACAUGUGGACCUGACAUGGAAGCUGAACAGUUACUUCUAAAUGGUGAAGGAAAAGAAAUCUCUCUCUGUCACAAUUCCAAAGUGCCUGAUAGUAACACAGACAAUAAAAGUGCAAUGAAACCAGAAGAGAACUGCUCUAAUGCCUGGGCUUUUUUUUCAAUUAAUUUAUCUACUGAGGAAUUACAGCAGGGCUUUGAUGCACAACUUUCUCCUUCUUGGUCUGAGGAUAAGUUUGUAGGUGAACAAAGACAGAAAAAAGUGAGGAAGCCCAAACAGAUGUGCACCAACAGUUCAACAGAGCUGAACUGCCCCCAGCCCAGUGAGGGAUUGGUAAAGGAAAACCACCAGGAAUUGGUGACUGAGGAGGCAGGUAAUAUACAGAGCAAUGGUGUGUUGGCAUCUUUGCCUGGUGAAGUGCAUGUGGGUUCACUUGUGGAACCCAGGAGCACCUCCACGCACUAUUCAAUGCCAGUAAAUGCUUCAGGAAAUGAUGCUGCACCAGUUGCACCAAAGAGAAAAAGGUACAGAAGAAUAGUCAACUUGGCACCCAAGUUUAAUCUACCCAGAGAAAUUGCUGGUGGUAUGGAGGGAGGGGAGGAAGUCCCACUGAAAGGUGAUGGUCCCUCAGAAAGUGUAUUAGAAGUGGAGCAAAAGGGCUUUCUGCACCAGGACCGUGGAUUGGGAUGUGAACAGAACCUGGCGUUUCAGGAGUAUGCUGCACCAUACAGUGGCCCUGAGGCACCCUAUUCCUUGCCCACCCCUGAUGUGGAUUCCCCUUUACAAGCUAUUUCAUAUUUUCAUUUGGGAAGGUCUUCUCCAGUGCCAAAGUAUUCUUGUAGUGUUUGUGUGAUUUCCAAAGCAAAGGAGGAGCGAGCUCAAACUCCGAGGCAGCAUCAGGCAGUUGGUAACAAAGAAGGUGAAGGUGAACAAACCUCCUCAGAUGUCAUAAGCAGCCAACCAGAUAUUUUGUCUUCUGUCCAAGAUGUUUCUGAAUAUGCAGAAGAUCCGAGCAUCUUGGAAAAGUGUGUUGCAAAUGUGCACAAAGCAGAUGGCCCUGAUCCAUCAGCAGCAUCUCCACCUGAAUUUAAACAAGACAUGAAUAUGAAAACCAGCUUUCUGGGACUUCCCUUAUCCAUAGGAUUUGCUUUUCAACUUGUGCAGCUCUUUGGUUCUCCAGGUCUUCCGCUGGAAUCCUUGUUGCCAGAUGAUUAUAUAGUUCCUCUUGACUGGAAAGUUUCAAAGAUGAUCUAUUUACUGUGGAAGACCUCUGUGGAGGAGAAGCAGAAAGCAAAUGGGUUGCAGAGUGGAAGUGCCUUGGCUGCUGAUAUAAUUACCCAUGAAGAUAUAAAUGAAAGUCACCAUGAGAAUGAAGAGUCUUCUGAAAUGCUUCCAGAAAUGUCUCCUGGGGUGAUGGAAGAGAACACCACGACUUGUGCCAGCAGUGGCUGUCUGGGUGCUGUCCUCCAUCAGCAGUGAAAGAACACCUUACUUAAAACAAAAAAACUGCAUGAAGGAAAAGAAACUUCACUUCGAUUCCACCGUGAAAGGACAAACCAAGGAUUUUAAAUGUAAGGAGCAACCUGGAAGAAAGUAACCAGUAUCGCUUUCUGGUGUGAAUCUGUAGUCAUUUUUUUUUUCCUCCCCCUGGUAUCAGCUUCUUUAUGCACAUAAUAAAAGUCACAAUUGAGAUACACAUAUAUAUAUUAUGUGUGUGCUUAAAGGUCACUUUCUGAAAGCUGGUUGCAAUGUACAGGUAUAUCUUAAUGCGCACAAAGGAGGCUUGAAUUCUUGUAUUUAAUUCAUUUGUAUGAGGGCCCCAAAUGUUGCCACAUGUAUCAGAGCAUGAACAGCGCACCAAUGGUCUCAUCCUAUUUCUUCCUGCCCUCACUGCUUAUCCUGUUACUUAGCAUUAAUUUCCAAUCUCUUCGUGUCAAGCAAAAGGCUUCCCCAAUCUCUCUUUCCCAUUCUUUCAUCCCAAGGUGCACAGCCUCUGUUGUUUUCUCCUGAAAUGGUGCUUCACGUUUCUGUCUAACUGAGGGAAGCCCCAGCCUGAACCUCCACCGUGCAACUUGAGGUCAUUCCCUCCUGUCCUAUUUCUGUUACAUGGGAGCAGAGGCCGACCCCCACCUCACCGCAGCCUCCUUUCAGACAGCUGUAGAGAGUGA